AUGGUGCUCAAAGUAUUACCCGCCGAGGAUCCCGACCAGUACCGAUCCGCAGUGAUCGAGCACGAGGCCUACAAACCCCUCGAGACCAACCAGAUACUGUUUCCUGGGCCGUUCCCGCCCGAUGUCUUGAACCACCGAGCCAGUGAGCUGAAGGCGCAAUCUAAUGAGCCCAACACCUUUUGUUACAAGGUCAUUGACACAGAGCUGGAGGGUGAGCAGAUGAUAGCUUUCUCGAAAUGGGUUGUUUAUGAUGGGACCAAUCUGCCAAAGCCAAGGCCUCGGCGACAGUGGCCUCCCGGUGUCAAUGGCGAAGCGUGUGAGCUGCUGUUUGGGGGCCUGACCAGGCUCAAGGAGAGAGCCAUUGGAGAUAGAGAACACUUAUGUAAGUGGUCUGUCAUUGGAAAAUCACCCGAAUGCAUAAGUCGCCCUACCGGAAGAACUACAAAGUUCUGCCCGUACUAG